CCUUGCCAUAAUCAGUCGUGCGGCUCAUAGUGUGUUAGUUUCUUUCUCUAGUUAAAUGUCUCCACAAUAAAACGUUCUCAGUUCAGUAUGUCCUAAAAGGCCUUGCGUGACGGAUGAUAUUAGCAUGGAAUAAAACAAAUGCAUGCACAAAUAAGAAGGUUUUAGCUUUUGCUAGGUUGCCAGGUGUAUUGGCUGGUGGUUAGCUUGGUGGCUAAGCUACAAAUAUGUCAGCCUUUGUUAGCUAGCCGGCUAAUUUCCGUGGAUUGUGGCCAUAAGGAGCUUUUUAAAGUUCGUUUUCUUGACGUUUUCGUCCGGACAUUUUUUUCAUUUGUGUCGUUACUAAUAUUCGCGCGGCAUUUUUUCCUGAAUGUGUGCAGUUUAAACAAUGAGGAACAAAGAUGAACCCGAAAUUCUUGCGGAUGGUACCGACAACACAGUACCGGAAACUCCUGAGGCCAAGCGUCCAUCUAAACCCAGUCCUGUCAAAGCCCCCGAUUCUGUCCCGGUGGACUCGUCCUCUGACUCAGAAGUGGAGAUAUCAGGGAGCUCUAUGAUCUCACUGGGGCCGGGAAAGACUACUGCGACCUCGACCUUGACUCUGGACAUGAUCUUCUCCAAUGAAGAGGACGUGGUGAAGAUGAAGACGUCGCAACAGGACGGACAGGAACGACAGAUGGAGACCAAACAGGAACAUCCUUCGUCCUUAAAGACAUCUGGAAACGGAGAUCCAGUGUGUAAAAGAAGGCAGGAGGAGAUGUGUGACGAUUCCUCAGAGAGCAACAAGAGCAGCAAGAAGAGGCGUGAGUCACUGACUGACGAUUCGGCCGAUGAGGGACCCGAGCCCAGCUGGAGGGAGCAGGAGAGCAUGGUGAAGAAGCUGCGGCGUAAUUUCCCUCAUCUCAACAAGGAGGAGCUCAGGGACGUGCUUCAUGAACACAGCUGGGUCAUCGAGGACGCCCUGGAGGCACUGCGCAUGUUCUCUGAACACGUGGUGGAGUGCAGCACUGAUGACUCUGACUUGGAACCCUCUCCAUCGCCUGAACGCAAAAGCACAAACCCGACUCCAAACCCCAGCACGUCUGCAACAAAGCAGCUACCCCACAGACCCCUAAAUGGAGAUCGGGAGACACAGACGUUGAGGAGACGGCACGCGAGAGAAAUCCAGAAGAAAGACAGCAGCUCAGAAGACAACGCAAGCGACUUCGAGGCGUCGCCCAGAUCCUUAGACUUGGACUCCGAUUCGGACGAGGCCAACGAGAAGCUUCCCAAGCUGAAGGCUCAGAUCUUGGAUUUCUUCCAGAAGGCCACGGCCGACGAGCUGACGCUGAUCGCUGGCUGCUCUCUGAAGAAGGCUCAGAAAAUCAUCGAGCUGAGGCCGUAUAAAAAGUGGAGCGAUCUGGAUGAUGUCCUACACAGAGGUAACGGCCUCUCUGCAGAGCUGCUCACCGGGUGUCGGGAGGUCCUCAGGGAGCGAGAGGUGGUACAGGGGCUCAUGGUCAAGUGCGAGGAAAUUUCCAGAAAGAUGGCUGAAUUAGUGCAGAAGGGACUGGGAUCUAUGAGGCAGCCAGACAUCCUUAACAGCAUGUUCAAGCUGAAACCGUACCAGUUGAUUGGUCUUAGCUGGCUGACUCUGCUUCACAAGAACCAGCUGAGUGGGAUCCUGGCAGAUGAAAUGGGUUUGGGAAAAACCAUCCAGGUUAUCUCUUUUCUGGCGCAUUUAUAUCAGGAGGGAAACAGAGGGCCGCAUCUCAUUACUGUGCCUUCCUCCACGCUCGAUAACUGGGUUCGAGAGCUGAACCUCUGGUGCCCGAGUUUAAAAGUGCUGGUUUACUACGGGUCUGUCGAGGAACGGAAGUGCAUCCGCUACGAGAUCCUGAACGAAGAAGUGGACUAUAACAUCAUUGUCUCAACAUACAACCUGACCAUUGGGAACUCCAGCGAUCGGAGCUUGUUCCGUAAACUCAAGCUGGAAUACGCAGUGUUUGACGAAGGUCACAUGCUGAAGAACAUGAGCUCGCUGCGCUAUCGCCACCUCAUGGGCAUCAACGCAAAAUAUCGGCUGCUGCUGACUGGAACGCCGCUGCAGAACAACCUGCUAGAGCUGAUGUCUCUGCUUAACUUCAUCAUGCCCAACAUGUUCUCCAGCAGCACCUCGCAGAUCGCCAAGAUGUUCUCCAUGAAAUCCUCAGAGGAGCAGAGCAGCUUUGAGAAGGACCGUAUUGCUCACGCCAAACUCAUUAUGAAACCCUUCAUCCUGCGGCGUAUCAAAAGCGAGGUCCUGAAGCAGCUGCCUGCCAAGGAGGAGCAGAUCGAGUUCUGUGCCAUGAGCGAGAAACAACAGAAGCUUUAUGACGCUCUGUUCAGCAAGCUAAAGAGCUCCGGCAACACAGAGAAACGAGAACUGACCAAUGUCAUGAUGCAGCUGAGGAAGAUGGCCAAUCACCCGCUCCUGCACCGGCAGUAUUACACCAGCAGACGUCUCUCCGCCAUGAGCAGACUCAUGCUCAAGGAGCCCAGUCACCGUGAUUCGGACCCGGUUCUGAUCGAGGAGGACAUGGCGGUGAUGUCAGACUUCGAGCUGCAUCAUCUGUGCCAGCAGUACCCUAUGCUUCACGACCAUCAGCUGAACACAGAGCAGCUGCUGGACUCGGGGAAGCUCCACCUUCUCACACAUGUUCUGAAAGACCUCAAAGAACAGGGUCACCGAGUGGCCCUCUUCAGCCAGUUCACCAUGAUGCUGGACAUCCUAGAGGUGCUGCUCAAACACCACAAGCACAGGUACAUCCGAAUGGACGGUUCCACGCCAAUGAGUGACAGGAUUGUGCUGAUCGACCAGUUCAACACGGACCAGGACAUCUUUGUGUUCCUGCUCUCCACCAGAGCUGGAGGACUCGGCAUCAACCUGACCUCAGCUAACGUCGUCAUCCUGCACGACAUCGACUGCAACCCGUACAACGACAAGCAGGCAGAGGACCGGUGUCACCGUGUCGGACAAACCAGGAAUGUUAAGGUGAUCAAGCUGAUAAGUAAAGACUCCAUAGAGGACGCAAUGCUCCGCAUCGGUCAGAGGAAGCUGAAACUAGAGCAGGACAUGACUGCCACUGAGGAAGGUGACGAGGACACCAUUCCGGAUGACAUGGCCUCCCUUCUGAAAGCUUCCUUGGGACUGUGAGAUGCAGAUGGAGAAGAUUAUUGUUUGUGAGCGUGUUCUGUUGCAUUUUGACUGAAGUACUGUAACACAAAGAUCCUGUGCACUGAUCCUUUACGUUUAUACUAGAGAUCUGAGUUUACAAAUGCACAUGCUCUGGAAGACUCCAGCAUUCUGCAGACAGUGCACCAUGGUCUUUGGAUCCGUUUCAGAAUGUUAUCAAGUAUUGUACUGUUUUUAUUUUCUGUGUUUGCCAAAACUUUAAGUAUUAAAAAAGAGUAAAACCACA